CUGGCAUGUGAUUGGAUCAGGCUAUCAGGGGCCCCUUUACCCAGCAACCCUUUUGUUGGCCCCAUCACUGAGGAGUCUUCACUCCCGGGAAGAUGGGUCUGAAUUUGGUUCUGCUGAUCCUUUGCCACCUUGCUUUAUACACAACUGUCACAUCCAAGAAAGUAUGCGGCCGACCACUUAUCAGUGAUGGGAUUGACGACGCAACCCUGAAACGUGUGUACGAGGUUGGAGAAGAGGUGACCCUCACAUGUGAACAGGGGUACCUGCCCUCGACGGCGACCCCUCGAAGGUUAACCUGCACCGCCACCGGAGAAUGGACACUGUCUGACUUGUCAUGCUCACCUAAGAUGUGCCCAAUCCCUAAACCUCUGCAGCCAUUUGCAAGGGGAAGAACAGAAGCUCCGUUCAAGAGUGUGCUUAACUACACAUGUGAUGACGGGUACAUCAUGCUGGGAUCCAAUAAGAGCAUCUGUUUACAUGACGGUAGCUGGAGCAAUCCACCCCCUAUGUGCAAAGCUGUGAACUGUCCUCUGCCCAGGCCACCUACAGGUGGAAGAAUCGUCCAUGAUAAGUCAGUGAAUGGAGUCACCACCAUGUACGGGCAAGGCUGGACGUACGAGUGUAACCCACCUAAAGCACCAAGUUAUGAGAGGGGAUCCUGCAAGGCUGACGGAAGUGCAACUGAGCCGCCGGUGUGCCGAGAUGUGAGCUGCCCCAUCCCAACAGCCAUACCAAAUGGCGUCAUCACCUUCGCUGUGAUGAGACCACAUGGCUACAAGGAGAAGGUUAGAUAUGCCUGCAAUGAGCACUAUAUCCUGGAUGGUGAGGCUGAGAUACAGUGCCAAAACACAGGAAACUGGUCCUCCAUGCCAGUUUGCAGGGCUCCCUGCACUGUUGGCAUCAAAAGAGGUCGUAUCUUCUAUAACGCCAAGAAGCUCUGGAUCGGAGACCUGAAACCCAACAGAGUCCUCCACGGAGAGCACGUUGUCUUCUAUUGUCUGAACAGGGAAGACAGGUGCGGCUACCCUGUGGCCAGCACCUGUAAUGAUGGAACCCUCCCCAUCCCAGAGUGCUUUGUGGAACCGGGGAAGGUGGAGUACCAACUCAGGCCCAAAACCCUACCAUCAGAAAUUGCAAUGUGUGCUGCCUCACCACCUGCAGCCCCCACAAGCUCCGCGAGACCUGCAUAACUUUGCACAGAAUGAUGUGAAACUCUCCGUACGAGGAAAGGAUGAGAAUGAUUGGAUCAUGAAAUGAAUCUGUAACAAUACAGUGCAAGACAGAGGCCACUUUGGUUGUCUGUAACAUUCAUCUUGUAUUUGCCUGUGAUUUUCAUUUGAUAAUAAAAUGCAGUCGAUAUUGAAAAUAA